CUGUUAUUCUGCGGCCAAUGACCGCACGGGGGCGGGGCCUGUGGGACCGGGGGCCUGAGGCGAGCGCGGCACGGGCCGCCCGGUGCCGAUGGAGGCGGCGGUGCCAGGCCCGCAGCCUGCCGCAGCCAUCAGGCCCAUCGACCGUAAGUCCGUCCAUCGGAUCUGCUCGGGACAGGUGGUGCUCAGCCUCGGCACUGCCGUUAAGGAGCUGGUGGAAAACAGCCUGGACGCUGGAGCUACCAACAUCGAUAUAAAACUUAAAGAUCAUGGAGCAGAACUGAUAGAGGUUUCAGACAAUGGAGGUGGAGUGGAAGAGGAAAACUUUGAAGGCUUGACUCUGAAACAUUAUACGUCAAAGAUACAAGACUUUUCUGAUCUAAUACGUGUUGAAACAUUUGGGUUUCGAGGUGAAGCUCUGAGUUCACUGUGUGCAUUAAGUGAUGUUACCAUUUUUACCUGCCAUAAGUCAGCAAAGGUUGGGACUCGUUUGGUGUUUGAUCACAAUGGUAAAAUUACUCAGAAAACUCCUUUUCCACGACAACAAGGAACAACUGUUAACAUACAGCAGUUAUUUUAUACUUUGCCAGUGCGGCAUAAGGAAUUUCAAAGAAACAUUAAAAAGGAAUAUGCAAAAAUGGUCCAGCUGUUGCAGGCAUACUGUAUUGUUUCAAAAGGAGUGCGGAUUAACUGCACCAACCAAGUUGGCCAGGGGAAAAAAAACUCGGUGGUAUCCACUACUGGAAGUGCUAGUUUAAAGGAGAACAUUGGAGCAGUGUUUGGGCAAAAACAGUUGCAGAGCCUUAUCCCUUUUGUUCAGCUGCCUCCUAACGAAGCUGUUUGCGAAGAAUAUGGACUCAAGGCUUGUGACAUGCCCCAAAAUCUUUAUAGCAUUACGGGCUUCAUUUCUCGUUGUGACCACGGUGUUGGGAGGAGUGCAACAGACAGACAGUUUUUCUUCAUCAACCAACGGCCGUGUGACCCAGCAAAGGUUGUCAAGCUGGUGAAUGAAGUUUAUCACUUAUACAAUAAACACCAGUAUCCAUUUGUUGUCCUUAACAUUUGUGUAGAUUCUGAGUGUGUUGACAUCAAUGUAACUCCAGACAAAAGGCAAAUUUUACUUCAGGAGGAAAAGCUUUUAUUAGCAAUUUUAAAAACUUCUCUGAUGGAAAUGUUUGGUAAUGAUGUUAACAAACUGAAUGUCAAUCAGAAACUUCUGGACAUGGCAGGCAACUUGAAGAAGACGCCUCCUGAAGAGACAGAAGAGCCUCAGGUAGAAGUGCUGCAUGACUCUGAGACUGAAAAUCCAAGUGGUGAAGGAAAAAGAACAAUGACUCUUGCCAGAUUAAGGGAGUCAUUCUCCCUCCAUCAAACAACAGAGAGCAAUUUUCGAAGCCCUAAAAGGGUGAAACAGCAGCACAGCUCCCCUAGGCAAAUGUCACUUGAUAGUGCUCUAUGUACUGUAAAGACUCAAAAGGCUGCCUUGACUAAGGAGUCCCAGAGAUGUCGUAAGAUGGACUCAAAGAGAUCAAUUCCAAGCAGACAUUUGAGAAAAUUAGAAGAAAAUGCAGAUUCUGAAUUCCGCAGCACUUCUGAGUCAGAUGCUGGAUGUAGUACACCAGAAGCUGGGAGCUGCUUCAGUAGUGAACGUGAAAUUAGUCCUCCUGAAGAAGAACUUCACAAUGAACGUCUUGAAACCACCGGAUGUAGUGAGAAAUCAUUGGAAUGUGAUGUUCAGGUCUUGGGCACUGAACAGAAGUUAAAUCAAGUGAAUGACUGGACUAAUCAAAGUAAGUUGUCUCAAGAAGCCAAUAGCACUUCCUCAAGAGUAAAAUGUUUUAAAAGCAGAAGCUCUAGAAGUGAUGCAGAUGAGUUCAAGGCAGGUGAAUGUCCCGAAGUGAAGAAUGCCAGGAACAACAUGCCCAGUGUUGAUGUACUGGUGGAAGUUAAAAAGAAAACUGUGCCACUUGAAUUCUCUAUGAAGGUUUUAGCAGAAAAGGUAAAAAAGGUAAUACAGCAACAACAGAAAAGAACAGAAACACAAAAUUACAGAAGAUUUAAAGCAAAAAUUAGUCCUGGAGAAAAUAAAGUAGCAGAAGAUGAAUUAAGAAAAGAGAUCAGUAAAGAAAUGUUUGCAAAAAUGGAAAUAAUUGGCCAGUUCAAUUUAGGGUUUAUAAUAGCAAAGUUGAAUUCUGAUCUCUUCAUAAUUGACCAACAUGCUACUGAUGAGAAAUACAACUUUGAGAUGUUACAACAACACACCGUUCUUCAAGGUCAGAAGCUGAUAGCGCCUCAAAAUCUCAAUUUAACAGCGGUAAAUGAAACUGUAUUAAUUGAAAACCUGGAAAUAUUCAGAAAAAAUGGGUUUGAUUUUGUCAUAAAUGAAAAUGCUCCUGUAACGCAAAGAGUUAAAUUAGUAUCGUUGCCAACAAGCAAAAACUGGACAUUUGGUCCCCAAGACAUAGACGAGCUGAUCUUCAUGCUGAGCGACUGCCCUGGCGUGAUGUGCAGGCCCUCCAGGGUCAGGCAGAUGUUUGCUUCCCGAGCCUGCAGGAAGUCUGUGAUGAUUGGCACUGCGCUGAAUAUGCAGGAAAUGAGGAAACUGAUCACCCACAUGGGUGAGAUCGAGCACCCCUGGAACUGCCCCCACGGGAGGCCCACCAUGAGGCACAUAGUCAGUUUAGACCUCAUUUCACCAGAAUAAGUCAGUUUCUGUUAUUAAUGUUUAAAAUUUUAAUUCUUGGCAAUAUUUUGAGCUUUUAUCAUGACUCUCUUGAGUAAAAAACAUUUUAGCCAGCCUUAAGAUGAGAAGACGGUAACAAACUGCAAGGUUUCAUUGUUGUUCCUAUCAAGUCAACAAUAUCAACAUAUUGGAAUUCAUGUGUAAAUAACAUUUCUUUUAUUGCUAUGUGCUGUAUUACUUAUUUUUGCAAUCAAGACUUUUAAAAAAUAAAUAUAAAUGUUUAUACGUAAA